AUGAAGGAAUCGAGAGGUCAGAAUUAUGUUGGAGACGCAACUUUUUACACGGAAUGGCGUGGUGGUUAUGGAUCAUGUGGGUUGGAUCGCGCUUUGUACGAUCCGUUUUAUGUGUGUGCAUUAUCGAGGCAUUUCAUGGCACUGCCACCUGGAAUGACAAAUCCCAACAAUCAUCCUAAAUGUGACCCUCAAUGGUGCGUAGAAGUUAAAGGAAUCCGAGGCACAAUUGUUGUUAAAGUUAGUGAUACUUGUUGGGGUUGUCAAGCAUAUGACGUUGAUGUAGCUGAUGCCGUUUAUCAUUAUCUCGAUGAUCCCAACAAGGGAAGAGUUAGGAUGAACUGGAGAUUUGUUGAUUGUCGCACAAACCCGCCAGGUGUAAAAUAA